AUAAAAUUAACCAAACUAACCCCUCUUCACUUUCUUCUUCUUCUUCUUCCAAUACAGGCGAAGGACUCUGAUUCUUCAAAUUUCUUCUCAAUACCGGCUAUUUUGCCUAAUUAACUCUGCAGAAAUGGCGAAGUCCUGCAAAGGUCUGGCUACGGAGCUCGUCAAAUGUCUCAGCGAAUCGGAUUGCAUUAAGGUGGAGAACCGGCCGUACAGAGAGUGUGCUAAAGAGCAAAGCCCUAAUAUUUCGAGCGAGUGUGUGGGGCUGAGAGAAACGUAUUUCAACUGCAAGAGAGGACAGAUUAAAUAUGAAGAUCCACAAAAAAUGAUUAGGUGCUCUAAAAAGAAUUGUAUUCAGGAAAGGAUUAAAAAAAUAUUAAGCAUGAGUGGGAACUAUGCGACAUCACACUUGGGAGAAAGUGAAGGGAGUCUUAAAAGCCUUGUUCUGCUAAGAGGAAUGUUUCAGGGAAGAGGAAACGGAUGCACUUAAAUGAUAGUUGAUAUGAGAGCUCGAAUUCGUGGAAACAAGGGUUAUUAGCUAUAACUGGAUUUCACUUGACCAUGUGAAACCAUAGACAUUGCUGAAGUAGCAGUAGUGGAACUGGAUGCUGAAGCCUAACCAUCAGUGAGUCCUCCCUGCAUUAGCCACUGGAAAACGGGUGAUUGUGUCGAAUUAAUUGGACUGAGAGAGCAAGUUAGGAUUCUUGGUCAAGCCUACUUUUGUUUGCAAUUGAUUGAAUCUAUAUUCUGGGGUUGAGUUUUAUCAUCUUAGUUAAACAUCCAGGUACUGUAACUUCAUAAUUUUGUAUCAGUAUCUUAUUGAACAUCUAAUCAAUUAUUUUGGAGGAAGUCAA